GCAUCCGACUCCCUUUGCUCUGGAAGAUCAAGAUCUCACCUGCGAUCUACAUAUCCUCUCUGUCGUCGUCCCCUGUUCGUCUCUAUCGGAGCUACUGUCUACGAUCUCGAUGCUAUCCUCUCCGAUUCAGUUCUCUCUCCGGAGAAUUUAGCAGUAGCUCGAAACCCUAGCACCGGGCUUCCUCUUGUUCUCCCUAAAGAUUCAAGAAAUGGCUUUAAUGGCGGCGUUGGAGGCAGAUCUUCGCGCCCUCUCGGCGGAGGCACGGCGGAGGUAUCCAUCCGUGAAGGAUGGGGCGGAGCACGCAAUCCUCAAGCUUCGUUCAUUGUCAAGUGCAAGUGAGCUUUCAAGCAAUGAUGACAUUCUCCGGAUCUUUCUAAUGGCAUGCGAAGUGAGGAAUGUGAAGCUUAGUGUUAUUGGACUUUCAUGCUUGCAGAAGCUUAUAUCUCAUGAUGCAGUUGAACCAUCAUCACUGAAGGAGAUCCUUUCUACUUUAAAAGAUCAUGCUGAAAUGGCAGAGGAGAAUAUUCAACUUAAGACUCUACAAACUAUCCUAAUAAUAUUUCAAUCCCGUCUGCAUCCUGAAACUGAGGAUAACAUGGUUCUGGGACUAGGUAUUUGUCUCAGGCUUCUUGAUAACAAUCGAUCUUCUCCCAGUGUAUACAACACUGCUGCAGCUACCUUCAGGCAAGCAGUAGCAUUGAUUUUUGAUCAAGUAGUUUCUUCUGAGUCUCUUCCUACCCGGAAAUUUAGCUCUAGCAGUUACGCGGCAAGGAGUGGCUCAGUUUCUGGAGAGUUCAGUCAGAAUAUUAGUAAUUCAGAACCAUUGGAGAAGGAUAUUCUAUGUGGUUCAUUAGCAACGAGAGAGACCUUAAGCGAAACUGGAAAACUGGGUUUGCGGUUGCUUGAGGACCUAACAGCCUCAGCUGCAGGUGGAUCUGCAGCCUGGUUGCAUGUUGCUUUUCUUCCAAGAACCUUUGCCCUGGAACUAAUUGAGUUUGUUUUAUCUAACUAUAUAUCAGUUUUCAAGAUAUUAAUUCCCUAUGAACAGGUUUUGCGUCACCAAAUUUGUUCCCUUCUAAUGACAUCGCUUCGAACUAGUUCAGAGCUUGAGGGAGAAACAGUUGAGCCCUAUUUUCGCCGGUUGGUCUUGCGGUCGGUUGCUCAUGUUAUUCGACUGUAUAGUUCAUCUCUCAUUACAGAAUGCGAGGUGUUCCUAAGUAUGCUGGUGAAAGCUACGUUUUUAGAUUUGCCACUGUGGCAUCGAAUUCUUGUUCUUGAGAUUCUAAGGGGUUUCUGUGUUGAGGCAAGAACACUGCAGAUUCUUUUCCAGAACUUUGAUAUGCAUCCCAAGAACACAAAUGUUGUGGAGGGCAUUGUCAAAGCUCUUGCUCGAGUUGUUUCCAGUGUACAGUUUCAGGAGACCAGUGAGGAAAGUCUAGCAGCUGUUGCAGGGAUGUUCAGUAGCAAAGCUAAAGGAAUCGAAUGGAUCCUUGAUAAUGAUGCUUCCAGUGCUGCUGUUUUGGUUGCUAGUGAAGCUCAUGCCAUAACUCUGGCAAUUGAAGGUUUACUUGGAGUUGUUUUUACAGUGGCUACUUUGACAGAUGAAGCAGUGGACCUUGGGGAGCUUGAGUCUCCCAGAUGUGAGCAUCGUCCUUCAACUGAAUAUACUGGGAAAACGGCACUCCUUUGCAUCUCAAUGGUGGAUUCGUUGUGGUUGACUAUACUUGACUCACUGUCUCUUAUCUUGUCGAGGUCGCAUGGAGAGGCGAUUGUAUUGGAGAUACUGAAAGGAUACCAAGCAUUUACUCAGGCAUGUGGUGUUCUGCAUGCUGUCGAACCCUUGAAUUCUUUCCUUGCUUCCCUUUGUAGAUUUACCAUCCUUUUGCCAAGUGACGUCGAAAGGAAAAGCAGUCUCAUGCUGUCUCCUGGGUCCAAGCGUUCAGAAGUACAGCUUGAUCAGAAAGAUAACAUUGUCCUCACACCCAAGAAUGUUCAGGCGCUGCGGACACUCUUUAACAUCGCUCAUAGGUUGCAAAAUGUAUUGGGGCCUUCAUGGGUGUUGGUACUUGAGACUUUGUCAGCACUGGAUCGAGCUAUUCAUUCUCCUCAUGCCACCACGCAGGAGGUCACAACUACAGGCCCAAAGCUUACAAGAGAACCUUCUCGGCAGUUCUCUGAUUUUAGCAUUCUCUCUUCUCUAAACUCUCAGCUGUUUGAGAGCUCCGCGCUGAUGCAUGUGUCUGCUAUUAAAUCACUUCUGUCUGCGCUUCAUCAGUUGUCCCUUCAGUGCAUGGCUGAAACUUCGGGCAGCUUUUCAUCAGCUUCUAGUCAGAAAGUUGGGAGCAUUAGAUUUUCGGUGGAUAGAAUGAUAUCGAUUCUUGUGAACAAUUUACACCGGGUUGAACCGCUGUGGGAGGAAGUGGUUGGUCACUUUCUUGAGCUAGCUGAGCAUUCAAAUCAGAACUUAAGGGAUAUGGCACUUGAUGCACUGGAUCGAUCCAUAUGUGCUGUCUUAGGUUCAGAGCAAUUUGGAGCAGAUCCAACCAAAUCUAGGGAUUCAACUCUGGAUGUAGAAUCAAAGCCAACAGAGUUGAGGUCAAUUGAGUGUGCUGUACUCUCUUCUCUGAGAGUUCUGUACUUUUCUACCGAAAAGGCUGAUGUUCGAAUUGGGUCGUUGAAAAUUCUUCUUCAUGUUUUAGAGAGAUGUGGGGAAAAACUGUACUAUAGUUGGCCAGGUAUUCUUGAAAUGUUGAGGUCUGUUGCUGAUGCAUCAGAGAAGGAUCUGGUUACCCUUGGAUUCCAGAGCCUCCGGGUCAUUAUGAGUGAUGGACUUCCUACUCUUCCUGGAGACUGUCUCCAUGUGUGCAUAGAUGUUACUGGCGCUUACUGCAAUCAGAAGACUGAGUUGAAUAUAAGUUUGACAGCCAUAGGCCUUCUGUGGACCAUGAGUGAUUUUGUAGCAAAGGGGCUCCGCCAUGAGUCUGUAGUGGAGAAAGAAUUGGGACUCAAGAAUGCAGAGUCCACUUCCAAACAACCAAAUGGUGAGGAGGAGGAAGAGCAUAUGGUUAACCUUUCCGAAAAAACGGAGAACGAAUCUUCAUUAGAAGUUGUCAAUCAUGAGAAGUUGAUGUUUCUAGCCUUUUCGUUACUUCAAAAGCUUGGAGCUGACGAGCGACCAGAGGUCAGGAAUUCUGCUGUUAGGACAUUCUUUCAGAUUUUGGGAAGUCAUGGGAAUAAACUUUCAAAAAGAAUGUGGGAGAAUUGUCUGUGGAACUAUAUCUUCCCUAUGUUGGAUCGUGCUUCACACAAGGCUGCUACAUCAUCAAAGGACGAAUGGCAGGGGAAAGAAAUUGGUACUCGUGGAGGGAAAGCAGUCCACAUGCUUAUACAUCAUAGUCGAAAUACAGCCCAAAAGCAGUGGGAUGAAACAUUUGUGCUUGUCCUUGGCGGAAUAGCUCGUAUCUUCCGAUCGUUCUUUCCCCUUCUUAUAGGCUUACGUAACUUCUGGUCAGGAUGGGAGUCUCUGCUUGAUUUUGUUAAGAAUAGCAUUUUUAAUGGAAGUAAAGAGGUCGCACUUGCGGCAAUAAAUUGUCUGCAAACGGCUGUUGUAUCCCACUCUGUCAAGGGGAAUUUACCAGUACGUUACCUUAAUUCAGUAAUGGAUGUGUAUGAGCUUGUUUUCCAAAAGUCAUCAAGUUACAGUGGUGAUACGGCAACCAAUGUGAAACAGGAGAUUCUGCAUGGUUUAGGUGAACUGUAUGUGCAAUCGAAGAAGAUGUUUGAUGAUAAAAUGUACAUGCAGUUAUUGGCAAUUGUAGAUUUGGCAAUAAAACAGGCCAUGAUAGAUAGUGAAAACUUUGAAACCGAGUUUGGACAUGUCCCACCUGUACUACGUAUGGUUUUGGAGAUCUUGCCCUCCUUGGGUCCUCCUGAGCACCUUUCUUCAAUGUGGCUAAUCCUGCUCAGAGAGUUUUUGCAUUAUCUUCCACGAUUUGAUUUUGUCGCGUCAAAUGAGGAAGGUGAAGCUGAGCAGAGCAGUACAGGUGAACAUGCAAAUGGUGUAGUAACGGAAAAGAAGACCGCCAUCAGAGAAACUCCAACAUCAAGGAUAGGCGGUACUAUGUUCGCAGAGAAGCUAAUUCCUGCCUUGGUGGAGCUUCUCCUGCAGGCUCCUGCAGUUGAAAAGUAUAUCUUGUUUCCAGAAAUCAUCCAAACCCUCGGAAGGUGCAUGACAUCAAGAAGAGACAAUCCAGAUGGUUCACUCUGGAAGGUAGCGGCUGAGGGCUUCAACCGUAUGCUGGUUGAGGAUGUCAAAAGAUGUGCUGUGGGUGGUGACAUGGACCUGAAACUUAGCAAAACUGCCCGAACACGCAUCUGGAAAGAAGUGGGAGAUGUCUAUGAGAUAUUUCUCGUCGGUUAUUGUGGACGUGCGCUUUCCUCUAAUUCUCUCCCUGCUGCCGCUCUUAAGGCCAAUGAAACCCUCGAGAUGGCCUUGUUAAACGGUCUCGGGGAUGUUAUUCUUAAGUCUAAUGUUGAUGCCCCUCGAGAAGUCUUGGAGCGGCUUGUUUCAACCCUGGACCGUUGUGCAUCACGUACGUGCUCGUUGCCUAUUGAAACUGUAGAGCUGAUGCCUCCCCAUUGUAGCAGAUUCUCGUUGACAUGCUUGCAGAAAUUGUUUUCCUUGAGCAGUGACGAAACGGAGAAGUGGCAUGCGACCAGAUUAGAAGUGAGCAAAAUCUCUAUCAUGUUGCUCAUGGAAAGAUGCGAAUACAUCUUGAGAAGAUUUCUGAUCGACAAGAAUAAUCUAGGCAACCGUCCAAUACCGACAGCUAGACUAGAAGAGAUUGUAUAUGUCCUCCAAGAACUUGACCGUCUCACUAUUCACCCAGACACCACAUCAGUUCUUCCAUUAAAACCGUUUCUAAGAACCAUCCUACGAGAAGAUAACCGUGACAAACGUUCUCACCUUCUCGUUCUUUUCCCCGCCCUUUGCGAGCUCGUUGUGUCAAGGGAAACCGAGGUGAGAGAGCUCGUCCAAGUAUUACUUCGAGGGAUUGCAACGGAGCUGGGCCUCGAAAAGGUUAGUUUUACGCAAUGAUGACACAAUUCUGGAAUUAUGUUUUCCGCAAGGGAUAGGAGCUGUGAACUUAUUAGUUCCUAUAUAUAUACACACGCAUAGAUUCUUUUGAGGAAUUUUGUUCUCUUCCUCUUUGUUUUAUUCAUUGCUUUGGCUUGGGACCAA